UUACAGGGACAAUUUCAUCUAAAUGGCAUGCAUAAGAGUGGGGAUGUCGUUUUGGGUGGACUGUUUCCAAUUCACUUUUUUAGAAGUGUUCCUCAUCUGUCUUUUACCUCAAAGCCACAACAGCCUACAUGCCAUGGGUUUUAUGAACUAGGAUUUAGGCUGGCACAAACCAUGCUUUUUGCUAUUGAUGAAAUCAACAGAAAUUCCAACCUGUUACCAAAUGUGACUCUGGGAUACACUCUUUAUGAUAACUGCGUUGAACUUGGAAUUGCAUUUCGUGCAGCAUUGUCAUUAGUCAGUGGUCAAGAGGAAAAAAUUAUAUUGGAUGAUACAUGUGUUGGAAAUCCUCCAGUCAUAGGGAUUGUUGGUGAUUCUUCCUCUACACCUUCUAUUGCCAUCUCCAGCGUCUUAGGUUUGUACAGAGUACCUAUGGUGAGUUAUUUUGCUACAUGUUCCUGCCUGAGUGGCCGUCAAAAGUAUCCAUCCUUCUUUAGGACGAUCCCAAGUGAUGCUUUCCAGGUUCAUGCUAUGAUUAACAUUCUCAAACAUUUUGGCUGGACUUGGGCAGGCCUGCUGGUCAGUGAUGAUGAUUAUGGAUUUCAUGCAGCAAGAGCCUUACAAUCUGAGCUGAAUCUGUCUGGUGAAAUUUGCCUUGCUUACGUUGAAGUUUUACCUUGGGACAAAAGCACAGAUGAAGUCAGGAGGAUUGUGAACAUAAUGAAAAAAUCCACAGCUCGAGUUGUCAUUGUCUUUGCACAUGAGAGUCGGAUGAUAAAGCUUAUGGAAGAGGUAGUAAGGCAAAAUGUGACAGGCCUACAGUGGAUGGCAAGUGAAGCCUGGACAUCAGCUACUGUACUCCAAACCCCUCAGCUUAUGCCAUACCUGGGUGGUACACUGGGCAUUGCUAUUCGCCGAGGAGAAGUACCAGGGUUCAGGGAGUUCCUGUUACAAAUACGUCCUGACCUAUAUCACAACAAUAGCUAUGGGAAUAGCAUGGUGAAUCAGUUUUGGGAAUUCACAUUUCAGUGUAGAUUUGCUCCAGCUCCACCAGGCUGGUUGGAAGGUGGAGGUCCACUAUGCACUGGACAGGAAGAACUUGAAAAUAAAGACACAGAAUUUUUGGACAUUUCCAACCUCCGGUCUGAAUACAAUGUGUAUAAAGCUGUGUAUGCUUUUGCACAUUCUCUUGAUGAUAUGCUGCAUUGCAAGCCAGGAAAAGGGCCUUUCAGUGAACACAGCUGUGCCACAUUGCAGUCACUGAAGCCAUGGCAGCUUGUUUAUUACUUGGAAAGGGUGAACUUUACCACACCAUCUGGUGAUCAAGUGUCAUUUGAUGAGAAUGGUGAUGCAUUGCCAAUUUACGAUGUGAUGAACUGGUUGUGGCUCCCUGAUGGAAGCACUAAAGUUCAGAAUGUGGGUGAGGUUAAGAGAUCAGCUUUCAAAGGUGAAGAACUCAUACUUGAUGACGACAAAAUCUUCUGGAACUUUGAUUCGAAAAAGCCACCUCGAUCAGUAUGUAGUGAGAGCUGUCCUCCUGGUACCCACAUGGUGAGAAGGAAGGGGGAACCCGAAUGCUGCUUUGACUGCAUCCCUUGUUCUGAGGGAACAGUCACUAAUAAGAGCAACUCCUUGGGGUGCACCAGUUGUCCAGAGGAUUUUUGGUCAAACUCCCAACGUGACCACUGCGUUCCUAAGAAGACAGAGUUCCUCUCCUACCACGACCCUCUGGGUAUUUGUUUGACAGCAACCUCCUUACUGGGCACAUUCAUAUGUGCUGUUGUUCUAGGGAUCUUUAUCUAUCAUCGCAAAACACCAAUAAUACGUGCAAAUAAUUCAGAACUUAGUUUCCAGCUAUUACUGUCACUCAAGUUGUGUUUCCUGUGUUCACUUUUGUUCAUUGGACGACCCAUAAUGUGGACAUGCCAACUCAGGCAUGCAGCAUUUGGGAUCAGCUUUGUGCUGUGUGUCUCAUGCAUCCUAGUAAAAACCAUGGUUGUUCUGGCUGUGUUCAAAGCCUCCAAGCCAGGAGGGGGAACCAGUCUGAAGUGGUUUGGUGUUACGCAGCAGAGAGGAACAGUUUUGGUUUUCACAUCUAUUCAGGCAGCCAUCUGCACUACGUGGCUUGUCUCUUCCUCUCCAACUCCACAUAAAAACACCCAAUAUCACAAUAACAAGAUUGUUUAUGAAUGUGCUGUUGGUUCCACUGUUUGUUUUUCAGUGUUAUUGGGCUAUAUUGGUGUGCUAGCUUUCCUCAGUUUUCUAAUUGCAUUCCUGGUGAGGAAUCUCCCUGAUAGUUUUAAUGAGGCCAAACUCAUCACAUUCAGCAUGCUGAUCUUCUGUGCUGUGUGGGUGGCCUUUGUUCCUGCUUAUAUCAGCUCACCAGGAAACCUUGCAGAUGCAGUGGAGGCAUUUGCCAUCCUGGCCUCAAGUUUUGGCCUGUUAGUUGCACUAUUUGGACCCAAAUGUUACAUAAUCCUGAUAAGACCAGAACUGAACACAAGAAAAGCUUUAAUGGGUCGUGACAUU